AUGCGAACCACCCCUACCUUGUCUGUCUUUUUGGCAGCUUCUGCCUUCACUCAGGCCUCAUCCAUUAACACUGAGCCUCAGAUCACCACUGAGCUUCAGACCACGGGUGACAACUCUGAGCCUCAGGUAACCUCUACUGUUGUCUCGCCGCCUCUGUUUACUCAAAACACUGUUCCCGAGGACAGCGGGACCGCAGUGACCGUCCCUGGCACAUCAGUUCCUUAUCCAAUUCUUUCAACCGCCUCGGGAUCACCAGUUCCUUCGGCCAACUCCAGCGGCAUCCUGCCUACUGGCACUGGCGGCACUGGCGGCACUGGAGGCACCGGACGUCCUCCUGUUCCGACUUCUUCCCAUACCACGGGGCCUACCGCCGGCGCUGCGUUGACCACCACGCAAAACUCAUGGUUGGCCAUGGGUAUUGUCGUGGUCGUAGCUUCGUUGAUGCUAUAA